AUGCCCAAAGCAGUCUCGAUUUCCAAGAUUGACGGCAAGCCCGGCCAGGUGUACUACCCGCUCUCGCUCGACGAAGUGCCCAAGCCCUCGGCGACGGGAAAACAAGUGGUGGUCAAGAUCCAUGCCGCGGCCUUGAACCACCGCGACCUCUUCAUCCGUCAACAUCUGUACCCGGGAAUGGCAUUCGGGAUCCCACUCCUCGCAGACGGCUGUGGCACCGUGGUCGCGGUCGGCAGCCAAGCAGACGCGAAAUGGAAAGGGAAGAGAGUGGUGGUGAACCCAGGCACCGGAUGGAAAGAUAGCCCCGAAGGGCCCGAGGACAAGGACGGAUACAAGAUUCUGGGUGGCACCAAGACGAUCCCCAACGGCACGUUGCAGGAGUACUUUGUCGUCGACGAGUCAGAAUUGGAGGAAGCACCCGAACAUUUGACGGCCGUGGAAGCCGCCGCGCUGCCAUUAACCGGUCUCACCGCUUGGCGCGCCGUCAUGACAAAAUGCGGCCCUCACAAUUUGCAGCCGGGCAGGAACAUUCUGAUCACCGGUAUUGGUGGCGGCGUGGCUUUGAUGGCCUUGGAGUUCGCCAGAGCCGCGGGCGCCAACGUUUGGGUCACGAGUGGAAGUCAGGAGAAGAUCAAGCAGGCUGUCGGCUUGGGUGCCAAGGGUGGUGUCAGCUACAAAGAGGACGGCUGGGAGAAGAAGUUGUUGGCCAUGUUGCCCGCAGAAAACAAGAAAAUCGAUGCCAUUGUCGACGGCGCUGGCGGUGACGUCGUCGAGAAGGGUUCCAAGUUGCUCAAGGCUGGCGGUGUGAUUGCAAUCUACGGCAUGACUACCGGACCCAAGAUGCCCUUCUUGAUGCAAGCAGUCUUGAAAAACAUCGAAGUCAAGGGUUCGACGAUGGGUUCGAGAAAGGAGUUCAAGGACAUGGUGGACUUCGUCAAAUCGAGAAAGGCUAGGCCCGUUGUCUCCCGCGUCGUCCAAGGCUUCGAUCUUGAUGCGAUCAAUGGCCUGUUCGAGGACAUGAAGAGAGGCUCGCAGUUCGGUAAGCUGGUGAUCGAGGUAUCGAAAGAGGGCGCAGAGAGUAAGUUGUGA